AUGCUAGGCGAUAUCCAACUAAAGGAUGAGAGCGAUCCUGACGUCGAUGAGGCAAAUUUGACGCAUGCCUAUCAAACAGCUGAACGAUUACGCAAAUCCCAUCCAGACAAACCAUGGAUGCACUUGGCAGGACUGAUUCAUGAUCUUGGAAAAGUGAUGAGUGUCUGGGGAGAGGAACAGUGGGCGGUUACGGGUGAUACCUAUCCUGUUGGCUGCAAACCGUCAGAGACGAUUGUCUUCGGUAUCAGUAGUUUUGAAGGGAAUCCAGACAUGAAGAACCCAAAAUAUAAUACCGAACUCGGCAUGUAUAGCGCAGGAAUCGGAUUCGAAAACUUGAAGAUGUGCUGGAGUCAUGAUGAAUACAUGUACCAGGUACCAAUUUUGUGUAUACUCUAA